UGAUGUUUAUCCAAUGCGUGUGCAGUACUAGGUCAUUUAGAUAACUUUGACAAACUGGUGGAACGGAUAAAUGGGCCAAUUUCCGACCAGAAAUUGGAUGAAAGUGCAGUUUUAAAGCUAUUUUUUGGCUGAAUGAGGGAAUAAUUUGGUUUAUGCAUUGCAUCUGUGGACAAAAAAUUGUUUACCCCUGGUCCCUUGGGGGUUUCCAUGACAACCAAACAAGCAAUGCUGAGAGAUUUAGGCUCUAGAGAUACAGCAUUUAUUGACACUGUAAAGAAAAUAAGGAGCAAGCUUUUAGAUGUGGCGGGUGUCCCAGCACAAGUAUUUACAAGUGUUCCAGUGCAAGGGAGUGGGACUUAUGCCGUAGAGGCAGUAUUCCAUACAGCUCUCCCUACAACAGGCAAGGCAUUGUUACUGGUAAAUGGAGCUUAUGGUAAAAGAAUGAAGAAAAUCUGUGAACUGGCUGGACUUGCACACCAAACAGAGAUCUUCUCUGAGAAUAUGAAGGUUGCACCUUCAGCAGUGGAGGAGAUUCUCCAAAACGAUCCAUCUUUCACCUUGGUAGCUGUGGUUCACUGUGAAACCAGCUCCGGAAUCAUAAAUCCUGUCUCUGAAAUUGGUUGCAUUGUUAAAAAUCACAUUCCAGAUGCAUCUUAUUUUGUGGAUGCUAUGAGUUCGUUUGGUGCCAUUCCACUUGAUCUCCAGGCUUCCAAAGUGGACUAUCUGGUCAGUUCAGCUAAUAAGUGUCUUGAAGGAGUCCCAGGGUUCUCCUUUGUAAUAGCCAGACUGGAUCAUUUACUGCAGUGCAAAGGUAACUCCACAAGUCUGAGCCUAGAUUUGUAUGAUCAGUAUGAUAACUUGGAGAAGACACAUCAGUUCCGUUUUACCCCUCCUACACAUUCCAUGCUGGCAUUUCAACAGGCCCUCCUGGAGCUGGAGCAGGAGGGUGGAGUAUUAGAGAGGGGUAAAAGAUACCAGAAAAAUUGUCAGAUUAUCCGAGAGGGCAUGAAAAAAUUUGGUUUCCGAGAAUUCCUAGACAGUUCCCACAAGGGAUAUAUCAUCACCUCCUUCUGCUUUCCAAAGGACCCCAAAUUUGUCUUUGAGGAAUUUUACCACAGACUGAAUGAAAAAGGUCUGGUGAUAUACCCUGGAAAAGUUCUGGAUAGCGAUUGUUUCAGGAUUGGAAACAUUGGUCACUUGUUCCCAGAUGACAUGACACAUCUGCUGCAGUGCAUUAAAGAAGUGUGCCAAGAAAUGGAGAUGAGUUUUCCCAUUAAUAAUUGAACAAAGGAAAAAAAAAGAGUUCAAAAUAACCAAAGAAAAAAAACUUAAUCUAGUCAAAGGCUCUCUCUUAAGAAUUAAUCAAAAAUAAAAAGUUAAACUUUAUCAACAACUUACAUAUUAUUGCAAUAUUAAUAUUAUGCAAUAAACUCUGCAGUAUCACAUAAGAAUUAUUUCAAAAACAAGGCUGAAAUUUAGGGUGGAUUUUUUGUGGAUAAUUGCUUUUACUGGGUUACUCCCUGGUAUUAUACAUUAGUGUUCAUUUAAUAUUCAGAAUUACAAGAAGGAUAAAAAAUUCAUUCAGUUUCACCCCCACAAACUGCAUUUAUGUAUUAUUAUUUAACUAUGCCCCCAGUGCCAUGCUUGCCACUGUAGAUAGGUUGGUCAAUGAGGGUUUUCAGUCUGGGAAAUUUUUGGUAAGAAUGAUGCAUGUUUAGGAAAUUUAGAUAAUUGGGGUGCAAACUGCUUUAUAUUCAGGAAAUGGUGCAAAGUUCUCGUAAUCAUAUUUCUUGUGAAAGGGAUAUGGACCAUGUCUUAGUCUAGUAGAGUUUCCACAUGUAUUGCCAUACAGUGAUACAAAUGUAUUUAUUUAAGGAAAUGAAUUUAUAUUAAUUUUUUGAAGCUGUUUCAAAAUCCAAUCUUUUUUAGUGAACAGAAUCUGUUUUUAUUUUUGCAUUGUUCUUUUAUUCCCAAUGUCAAAAUAUAACAUUUUUAUUAUGAAGCAAACAUUAAUUCAAAAAUAUAUUUUAUGAAUUUGUAUUUCAUAGUUGGAAUGUUGAUUCCAGGUAAAAUUUAGAAUAGAAUUGAACUAAAUAUUUUAGUAAUUAUUUUAAGAUCAUAAAGUAAUCAUAAAUAUUUAAGUAAUUAUUUUAAGAGUCCAAUCUUAUGUUAGCGACUGCUGUUUUUGAAAUACAAAAUACAUUGAAUUCACUUGUUGAUAUCCUAUUAUCUAACAGGUACCAGCUCUUCCUCAGUCCAUCCACAUUUUUGCUGAUGUUAUCUCUACAUAAAAGAAUAUAAUAAAACAAGUAGGCCAGACAAUGUUGAUAAGUUGGUUAUUGAGCAGCACCUCAGUGUCAUUUAAUUCAUUUUAUUUUAUUUUAUUUCAUUUAGAGGUAAUCCACAGUAUGGGCAAUUUGAGAGAAAAAAAAAGCAAUAAGGUUUUUCUUGGGAUCAGUUGUUAAUUUCUCCCAUUUGCCAAACCAAUGUCUAAGGCAUGCUCGGGUCUGAAUAAAGUCUCACUUGAUAACCAACUUAUCAAUUUUGUAUGGCCUAAGCAACAAAUUAUGACUAUAUACGUACAGUAUUACUGUAUAAUUAAUUAUAUUAUAUUAUCUCUCCUUAUCGCCUAUUUCUUUGCUGCAUUUUACAGUUAAACAGAUUUUUAAAAAGUUUUUGCAGAGCUACAAUAUUUUACAGUUAUUAUCAGUAUUUUUUUUUUUACAACAUUCAGUUUUAUCUGGACACUUGGUGAUGAUAUGUAUCUGCCAUGGAAUGAAAAAAGGGACCUUUAUCAAAGAAACUGUUGUUCACUGGUAAAACACUUAAUUUUAUUUAAUAUAAUUAUAUUUUAAAUACAUUUCUUAAAUUACAUACAUGGGAAACUGAGGUCAUGCUGGCAAAAAUCAUUAUUCUCUGAUUCUCCAAAUAAUUUGCUCUGGUUAAAUAAUUUUCAAAAUAUUCUGAGUGAAAAUUGCACUUAUCACUGUUUGACUCAAAUUUUUUAUCUGGCUUUGGGUAAAAUUCUUCACCUAUGUUAAAGAGACAAAUUGCUUGCCAGAAUGAGCCCAUUGUUAAUAAAUUACAUAAAUAGUAGCUAUAUUUUAAGAUCUACAACUUAUAUAUCUAGUUUUAAUAAAAUAACUGAAUUAUAAAUAAUGAUUGUGUUCAUAGUUUGUCCAUUUUUAAGCAGUGCACAUAAAUAUAGCAAAUAUUAGCAAAAGAAAUAAAUUUAAAGAAAUCUCCCUUAAAUCUAAUUGCGGGAUAUAUUUCAAUCUGAAAUGUAAUAUUUGAAAAAAAUUACAUUGUUUACUAGAUUGGCAUUUAAUAGUGUAAAGUGCUAUAAAAUUGAGACACUUGGCAAUAUUAUGUGAUAUUAUGUCACUAACUUUUAAUCAUUGACAAAGUUAAAACAUCUUUGUAUUAUUACAAAACAAGUCAAACAAAUAUCAAGAAGUUUUAAACAUUUGAUUAGAACAAAAA